AUGGCGACCCCUUUGACCUUUAUUUAUAAAUAUGCAGUUCCUCUCGCAUUUGGGGCCUCAUUUGCCCAGGCGUCGAUGUACGAUGUCAAAGGAGGCACGAGAGCAGUGAUUUUUGACAGGCUGAGCGGUGUUCAAGAUAAAGUCGUUAAUGAAGGCACUCACUUCCUUAUCCCAUGGCUGCAGAAGAGCAUUAUCUACGAUGUGAGAACGAAGCCCCGAAAUAUCUCUACGACCACGGGAAGUAAAGAUCUGCAAAUGGUGAGCUUGACGCUCAGAGUUCUGCACCGCCCCGAGGUUCAGCGGCUGCCAAAGAUUUAUCAGUCUCUUGGCCAAGACUACGACGAAAGGGUACUCCCAUCCAUCGGAAACGAAGUGCUAAAAUCUAUUGUUGCCCAAUUCGACGCUGCCGAACUUAUCACACAGCGAGAAGCUGUCUCGAAUCGGAUACGCUCUGACCUUACCCGCCGUGCUCAAGAAUUCAAUAUCGCUCUUGAGGAUGUUUCUAUUACCCACAUGACGUUCGGCAAGGAAUUCACCCGAGCCGUCGAGCAAAAACAGAUUGCUCAGCAGGAUGCUGAAAGAGCGCGAUUUAUUGUCGAAAAGGCAGAGCAAGAACGCCAGGCCAACGUUAUUCGCGCUGAAGGUGAAGCUGAGAGUGCCGAUAUCAUUAGCAAAGCGGUUGCCAAGGCAGGAGAUGGCUUGAUUCAGAUUCGAAGAAUCGAGGCAAGUCGAGAGAUUGCCCAGACGCUGGCUACAAACCCCAAUGUUACAUAUCUUCCUGGUGGUGAAGCCGGAAAGGGAGGCAAGAGCACCAGCCUCUUACUUGGUUUGAGACCCUAG